AUGAAUAAAACAAAUUCAGCAGGAAAGCGGCAAAUGUUUCUUCAUUUACCACCAGAAAUACUGGGAAAAAUAUUAUUAUUAACAUCCUUACAAACACGUACGAUGAUAUUAUCAAGUGUUUGUAAGAGCUUAAAACAUUUUAUAUUUAAUCAUGAUAUUUUAUGGUCAAAGUUAAAUUUAAAUCCAUUAAAAAAUAUUUCAAACUCUACUAUAUCAAAUAUAUUCUGUUGCAAUAUACCGAAUGAUACAAAAAAUUUUAUAAGGGAAUUAUUAGUUAAUGAUAUUAACAUUAAUAAAGAUAGUCUAAAGAUCAUAUUGGAAACUUGUGUAAAUCUCAAAAGUUUACAUUUAAGAACUUAUAAAGAUAAUAUGAAUAUGAAAAUUUUUAAAGAUCUUCUUGAAGAGUUAUAUAACGAUAAAGAACAAGCGGAUGUUCAGGAAAAGGAAGAAAAUGAGAAGAAUCAACAACAAUCAUCAACAACCGUCGUGAAACCUAUUUGUAAUCUAACGACAAUUUAUUGGCACGUAGGUCAUAGUUUUGAGGAUUGGUGGUUUCCUAUGGUGAAAAAUUCAUUAGAGUCUACGUUGAAAAAAUUAUCAAAUAAUUCAAAAGCUACAAUUAAAGUUCCCUGGUGUGAUGUGUGUAAUCAGCAAAAAGCAAGCAUGAAGCUGACGUGCAAUGGAGAUUCACAUAGAAAAAAUUGGAGUAUUUAUGGUUGCUUUGAAUGUGCUGAUUAUGGUAAUAUGCAAGCUGAUUUUAAAUGUGAUGAAUGUUUGAGAACAGAAAAAUUGGAAAAUUUAACUCAAAUUGAUGUUAAUUCUGUUAGUUCAUCUAAUAUUAGAUUAAUUAAUGCGAUUGAUGAUGAGGUUGAAAACGAGGUGGUUUCUGAAGAAUAA